AUGGCUUCAACCGACGACAGUUCCGAGCUGGAAUUGGUAUGUUUUUGUUUUCUUUUCUUCGUUUUUAGGUGCAAACGCCGUCUUGAGGGUUAACAAUGGUCAGUUUAUGUUUUUGUAAGGUUUCUGAGGGUUGAAGAGCUUUAAAUUAGGUAUAAUUUGAACUUUUACACUUUGUGAUGGGUAAUGUAGUUUAAAAUUGGUUUUUGAUACAGCAGAAUACGUAAAAAGUUUUGAAAGUUGUUUUAUAUACUAUUUUUGACUUGUCCAGUUCAAUUACGACGUGUAGCUUUUCUUUUUAUGAAGAUAUUGUUUUAGAAGCCGUUACACAUAAUAGAAUGGUCUCACUUGGAUUUAUGGAAGUAUUACCCUUUAGCGAUGGGAACAUCGUUGACAGUUAGAUGUGCUCUUUAUCCUACGACUGUUGUGAAGACAAGGUUACAGCUACAAAAUAAAUCUUCCGUUUAUCGAGGAACGUUUGAUGCAUUUCGACAAAUCGCCAAAACUGAAGGUGUUGGUGCUCUUUAUAGGGUAAUAUUUUAAUUCUUUUGUUGAUUUUUAGGUGUUUUUGAUGUUGGAAGGAUAGGUUUAUAAUUUUUUAUCGUUCAAAUUUAAAUUUGUGCAAUUAAACUUGAUUUGGACAGCGGUUUGCUCGACUGUUUUGGGAAAUAAAAUACGCUUUUUACAAUUACUUAUAUUAAAAUAAAAGUUAAAAAGUUUAUUUUUAGGGCUUUUGGAUAACAUUUCCUCAAGUAUGUGCCUCAUUUUUGUACAAUUCAGUGUACGAAAAGUUUCGUGAUGUUAUGAAUCGUCACACUUUUAUUGAAUCUCCUCAACUCUUAUCAGCAUUAGCCGGUGGUGCAGCUAACGCAUGUACGGAAGUAGUAUUUGUUCCUACUGAUAUUGUCUCGCAGUAUAUGCAAAUUCACAAUCAGGGAAAAGACUUCACGGGAGGUGGCAAAAAUGGAUCUGCUAUCCAAAAUUGUCUUCGAAACGAUGGUCUGGAAAAGAGAAUGACAUUGGGAUUCAGAGUUGUUAGAGCGAUCUACAAAACCGAUGGUCUGUUGGGAUUUUACAGAGGGUUCUGGUCGUCUUUGGCGAUGUUUGUGCCUUCGACUAUGGUGUUUUGGUGGUCGUACUAUGAAGCGUUGAUAAGAUUGAAGAGUUUGAGGGCUAGAUGGUUGAGUGAUGGAAAGGAAAAAGAGCUGGAGAAUUUACCAUGGCAAGAUCAGAAGUUGUUGGGUUUGCAAGCUGGAGCAGGAUUGGUGGCAGGAGUGGUUUCGGCUGGUGUUACGAAUCCGCUGGAGGUCUACAGGGUUAGGAUCCAGGUAGGUAAAAUUAUUGUAUAAAAGUAGUUUAAUGAUUAAAAAGUUAGUUUUAAACAAUUAGUAAGGACACAGUUAACGUCUUAUGCUAUAUUUUGUGUUUUUGUUACCUAAAUUUUAAUAUUUUUCAUAAGUUUUUAUAACCUGUUAUUUUAGAUUCACCGCGGCACCUACCUAGAUACCUUUAAACGUAUCAUAAAGGAAGAAGGUUUUAAUGUCUUUACGAAAGGUUUAUUACCUCGUGUUGUACAUCGUGGUAUCUUUACGUGUCUUAUCAUGAUAGGUUAUGAAGCUGUGAAGCGGAUAAGUGUCUUGCCCGAGUACAAAGAUACUGUUGUCUGGUGA